AGGCUCAAGAGAUUUCGGCCCAUCAGUGGGGACUUGUUCCUAUAUAUACAAACACGCACACAAGGUACACGUUCCACUUGGUGAAUCUGAAUUUCGCCGGGUCAAUAUGCCUGGUAUGAUGGUUCCUGUCCACGCUCUGGUCGUUGUUGUGCUGCUUCGAGCGACUGCCGCCAUCAAGAUCGUGGAGGACGGGGGCACGGAUGGGCCCGAGGCGGUCAAGGCUGCAGCGCCGCCAGCGCCAGCGCCGGUCACCGAGGACCGCCAUGACAAGGGGCGACCACAAACUACUCCUCCGCCCACAGCGCCCCCGACGCCAGAGCCGACGUCAGAGCCGACACCCGAGCCGACAUAUUAUUAUGAAGGCCCGGGCAUCCCUUGCUCGUGUCACGUGCCGGCCUGCUUCCAUACUUACGACCUGAAUUCCGAUGGCUGCCUAACCCAGGACGAGUGUGACCUGCAUAUGCCCAUCCUUGAGUACUGUUUCAAGGUGCCCUCUGGUUGCGGGCCAGAGAAGUGGGACAUCAAUGAUGACUCUUGCAUCCGCGGUGGCGGACCUGUCCGAAUUCCAGCGGGUUUACGACGUCAAUCAAUCAGUCUGCCCGCAGGAGGUUCCGGAGCCGUGCGACGAGUGCCCACAGGGCUAUUACAUCGUGCCGAACCCUUGUGAGUGCGUUGAGUGCAUUGGCGAAGCGCGCAGGCGCCGCUCCACAGAAUGCACUCCCUGCCCAGCUCCCUUCGUGCCCUGCCAGAACCCCGAAGAAGACGAUUGCUGUGAUCCAUAUAUGCCAAGGACAGACCCGCCACCAAAUGGCACUAUUCCUGUACAGGUCCCAUAUCAAACGUGCACUGAGUUCUCUUUGGGCGAUAGCAUCACGAUCACUGGAAGACUAUCGAGUGACCCGUCUACUAUUGUCACUCACACAUCAGUCGUCAUUGGGGUUAUCCAGAUUACUGGGGGGUACGAACUCGAUCUGCACGACCCGCUCCCAGGAGACUUUGAAUUUGAAUCGACAGUUCAGCAGGCCUGCACUUCCACUGAUGGGACUCAGGUGAGCAGCUCAUUCUCUCCCUUUGUCGGCGGUUGUUGCUGCGCUUGUGGCACUGAUUGCUGCGAGACCACUGAGGUGUGCACUGUGUACCCCAACGGCACGGGUGUUUGCUCCCCCGCUGGCCCGUACCCCGAAUUCUCGACUCCAGCCCCGACCGUGGGCGCCAAGGGCGACCCGCAUUUGGUCAACCUGCAGGGAGAGCACUUCGACAUAAAUCACGAUGGCAAGUUCACACUGCUUCGCUUUCCCCAGGCUGUCGAGAAGCCGGCCGAGUUCACUUUCGUGGCGAACGUCCAGCCAGACGUCGGUAAGCCGUGCACUACAUACAUCACGGAGGUGGGGCUGAGCAACACAGCAGAUUUAGUUUCUAGAUGUUUCGCGUAACCCUUCUUGCCCAUCCAGAAACGAUGCCUAGACGAGUUGCCGUGAUCAGGUAUGCGGAGG